AUGAUAAUGAACUUCUAGUUAAUGAUGACUUGGUAAUUGUGCAGCCCAGUUCUGAAGGGGAGCUUGUCAUACCUUGUAGACCUACAGCUCCCAAUAUAACAGUGACUCUCAUGAAAGAUUCAGAGGAGAUCUAUAGCACCAAUGGUUCAUUGGUCAGAUUUGAUCCUCAUCGUGGCUUUAUAAUUCAGGAAAAAAAUCUGUCAGACACUCUGUACACCUGCGCAGCAGGCACUAAAACUCUCGAUUUCUUCGUUAAAGUCAUGCGUGUUUCAGAUGAUGUUCAUGCACCCCAUAUACACUCUCUUCCCUACCAUGCUAUUCUUGGGUCCACUUUGGAAUUGAACUGUUCUGUGCCAUAUACUGGGAUACCAGUGGAUUUAGAGUGGGCAGUACCAGACCAGCAAGGUAAAGAGACAGGUCGUAUUGUUGAAAGUGGACUAAGAGAAGUGACAGAUCCUGCCUUAGAUGGUCGUCAGGCAAUAAAGACACUAACAGUACAAAGAGUUCAGUCCAGUGAUGAGGGUUAUUACAAGUGUACCUCCAAAGAUCAUGUAAAUAUGAAAAUGGAAGAAAAGUUCAUACGUGUCCUAGGACCUCAUGACUCCUACAUAAACCUGACAGUCCAGCAUGGCAAAACCAAUAUUAGUAUCAAGGCAGGAUCCCAUUCCACAGUUCAAUGGAUUGUGUAUUAUUCAGGACACCCUCAACCUCAACUAAUUUGGUAUGAAGAUGUGGGUCCUGAAGAUAGAGAGAUUGUGUCCGAUAGUAAAUUUGAUGUCUAUCGGGAACCUGAUAUUACAAAGCUAGUUAUCAAGAGCCCUAGCAUUGAGGACACAGGUGUAUAUAAACUGAAAGCUGUCAAUGAAGGAAGCAGCAAAUCUGUAGAUCUCUUUUUAGAUGUGACGGGUGGUCCCACUGACUUUAAUAUAUCUGUCGAGCCUUUUUACAUAGUAAACGAAAUAGCAAAAAUUGAGUGUUCUGUAUUGGGUAAUCCACCACCUUAUUUUAAGUGGAGUUUUCGACCCUGUAACUUUCAAGUUUUGGAACAUUGUGAAGAAAGUGAAGAAUUGAAUACAUCUGAAGAUGUGGUCAUUGGAAAGGUUCAAGUCCAUUCAAAGCUGACAAUUAACGCCACCCGCUCAGGAAUAAUACAAGCUGAAGCUUGUGAUUAUUUCAACAAUUGUCAGGCUAAGGAAGUUAAACUUUAUGUGACAGAUGUUCCACAAGGCUUUUAUCUUUAUGGGAACAAUCUCACUGUUCAAGGAGAAAAUCUUGACUUCAAUUGCAGUGUAUCCAAACAUCUUUACCCGGAUGACAUUGUUUGGAAAUUCAAUGACUAUCCAUUAUUGGAAAAUAGCAAUGUACGCUUAUCAACAACGAGCACUAAAUUAUCCAAGCACAGUCGACUACAGAUCAGCAAUGUUACAAAGGCAAACCAAGGCCUCUAUACCUGUGUAGCUCAACCUAUUCAAGCUGACUUGAUACAUGAGAAGUCUAUUAUGUUAAAUGUCUCUGGUAUGAUUGCUCCCGUUUUUAACAGAACCAAUCUAAAAGGUGAUGUGCAAGAAUUGACAGAAGGUCAAAACAAAGCACUUUACUGUUAUGCUGUGGGAUUACCACCACCACAAAUAACCUGGCUAAAGGGAAAAAAUCCCGUAACACCUAAGGACAACAUUGAAAUUUUGGAAAAUGGAUUGGUAUUGGAAUUUAAAUAUGUAACCAAAGAGGAUGAUGGAGAAUAUACAUGUGUAGCUACAAACAGAGCUGGCACAGCUAAAAGAACUAUAACUUUUAGUCUUUUAGAUAAGCCAAAAGGUGUGAAUGUGGGACUAGUUGUGGGUUUGUUGGGUCUUGCUAUUUUGUUAUUGGCUAUCAUCAUAUAUUUAUUUGUUAGAGUUCAAAGAGAGCAGAAACUUCGCCAGCAACUUACACAAGCUGGUCUCAUGCACUUUGAGGAGGGUGCGAUAGAAAAUUUGAACAUGGAUUUAGGUGUUGAGGAUCAAGCUGAACUGCUACCGUAUGACAGAAAAUUUGAAUUUCCACGUGAAAAAUUAAAACUUGGUAAAACCCUUGGAUCGGGUGCAUUUGGAGUUGUUGUGAAGGCUGAAGCAUUUGGAAUCAAUGAAGGAGAACAUGUUACCCCAGUAGCAGUAAAGAUGGUCAAAAAAACAGCUGAUAGUGCUAUUAUUAAAGCUCUUGCGUCGGAACUAAAAAUAAUGGUUCAUUUAGGAAGACACCUUAACGUUGUGAAUUUAUUAGGAGCAUGCACUAAAGGUCUCAACAAAAUGGAACUCUUAGUUAUUGUUGAGUAUUGUAGGUAUGGUAACCUACACAAUUAUCUGAUGAAACAUCGUAAUAAAUUUAUAGAUCAGAUUGACCCUGAGACAGGUUUAAUUGAUUCAUCAAGAGGAAUUGAGUCUCUUGCUAAUUUUCCUAAUGGGCGCAACAGGUUGAAUUAUGCAGCCCUUUCCUUCUCCAACAGCCAAUCGGAUUCCUUCAAGGGAGACUUUCGACCUUCAGAAUCUAGAGCAGAUUACAGAAGUCAGUCAGAUACAUCAGAAAAUUUUGCCACAGGAGCGACUGAAGCUACAUUUGUUUGCAUGACUCCAACAGGUGGGGAGGAAGGGUUCCUAAUGAGCAACAACUCCCAUCAACCAGAUUGGAGAUCUAACUACAAAGGAGACUACAAAGGAAAUGUUAAUCCCAUUAGCACUAGAGAUCUCCUUUGUUACGCUUUCCAAGUAGCUAGGGGUAUGGAAUAUUUAGCAAGUCGCAAGGUGCUACACGGAGACUUAGCUGCAAGAAAUAUUUUACUAGCUGACAAUAAUAUUAUCAAGAUAUGUGACUUUGGGUUAGCUAAGAGUGUAUACAAGGAUGAAAAUUAUUUAAAGAAAGAAAAUGGGCCAUUGCCUAUUAAGUGGAUGGCGAUAGAAUCAAUUAGGGAUAGAAUCUUCUCUACACAGUCAGAUGUUUGGUCAUUUGGAAUUGUAUUGUGGGAGUUUUUCACUUUGGCAAGAACACCAUACACAGGCAUGGCAGCAGAUGAACAUAUGUACAAGAGACUGGAAGAAGGAUAUCGAAUGGAAAAGCCUCCAUAUGCUACAGAUGACCUGUACACAGUAAUGAUGGAAUGCUGGCAAGCCAGACCAAUUUUACGUCCUUCAUUCACAGAGCUAGUCGACACAUUAGGUUCUAUGCUGGAAGAUGGUGUGCGAAAGCAUUAUGUUGAUUUGAAUGAGCCAUACAUUCAAAUGAACAACCAGUGGCAGAAUGAAUCAGGUCAUAAUGAUUAUUUGGGAAUGUUUAGCUCCCCAAAUUAUUCUAAUGUUGUGGCACCACCUGAGGAAGAGGAAGAGCCUCAAAGAUAUCAAAAUAUUCCCCGUGGUGCCCCUUCGGUGGUAGCAGAUAGUAAUACACCAGGCUAUUUAACAAUGAAAAGUCCUUCUCCUACAGAACUUAACACCAUAUUUAGUCCAACAAGACUUGGAAACAAUGGUGGUAAUGUCUUCAAGUUUCAAACUCCUCCACAAGCUAGACGGCAGUUGCGAGAUACUGAGGCCAAUGAUCAUGUUGAACUUAGGCCAAUGCUUAGUGAAGGCAGCAGAAGAUCGGAUUCAACAAGUGGCCAUGAAUCUGACUCUGAUGCCAUGAGUCAAUACACUGCUGUUCCAAGCAGUAGGCCUGUUAUACCUAACGCUAGUGAUAGCAGGGUCUCACCACUAAAACCUACAAACCAGGGAAAUCUGCCAGGCUUCUCGAAUCCAACCUACAGUUUUGCUCCUGACUUAGUUGUCACAUCACAGGACAAUUAUGUGAAUUAUCCAAAGCAGCGCGACGUUUGCUAUCCAAAACCGCUAGAACUGAUUUUCCACAUGCCUCCUCCCACUUUCAGUACCUUUGGACGAAGGCCUGCCCAGGAUAUGAAGCUUCCUGCUAACUACGCGAACGUCCCUGCUCAACGAGCGCCUCUAGCUUUAAGUGAAGCUGAUUUUAAUGACCACCCUUAUGUGAAUUAAGAACGUCCUUGAAGAUGCAUUCAUUUCUGAUUCGUUAUUGUUAGAUUUAUAAUAGUCUGAUGUCCUUCCAUAAAUCCAUAUUAAUUUUUUUUAUGUGCCUGUGGAGAGAUUUAAAGAAGUAUUAUGAUGGCCUUAUUAGAUUAUUUCCUCAUGAGUUGAGUAUGUGCUGUGAUAAUAGACAACCUAUUUGUAUCUUCAUAGUAUUAACUUUAUUUUGUAAUUAAAUAUUUUUAGAAACAUGAAUGGUUUGAAGAGAGUUAGGAGAAAUGGACAACACAUUUUUUUUUUUCAUAUUGUGUUCACUUUGAAUCAUAUGCAGCCUCAUGCAUUUAUGUGUUUACGCAUUUGUAAAUAAAAGCUAAAAUGUGUAUUUUAUAGUUGCCAAUUUCAAGGCAAAUUGGUUUCAAAAGCCAAAUGAGUCAUUUUUAAUUCUAAGAAUUUGAUUACCUGACUGAUAACUGUAUAUAUUUUAUCUGUAUGUACAAAGUUAGACCUAAGUAUGACCAUAUGUAAAUGCUAUUAAUUGUUUACUGUAAAUUAUGUGAAAUUUUAAAGUCGCAUUUAACAGCCUUGUGCAUUCAAAAUCAAAAAAAAUAUUUUUAUUUUUCUUGCCUGACCGGCAAGUCCAAAAAAUACAACCGCAAAAUGUA